CUAUCAUUCUUCAUUGUCGACGUUCGUGGAGGAUAUCGAAGAAUAUUUCAAAAAUGAAGAUCAGCCUAGAAUAUAUUACCGUGGCUCUAAUUUUAGUGGUGCCAGCCCACUGUUACGUGAGUACUGAAAUCAAAUACGUCGCGGUUCUGUACAGACAUGGAGAUCGCAUGCCGGUGGAUUGUUAUCCGGCGGAUCCAUACAGAAAUCAGUCUUUUUGGCCGGCACCAUUCGGGCAAUUGACGAAUACAGGAAAAGAACAACAUUUCAGACUAGGAAAAAGCCUGCGCCUGCGAUAUUCGCACUUGCUCUCCAAAAUAUAUGAUCCUGAGGAAGUUUUGGUACAAUCAACAGAUGUUGACCGCACCUUGAUGUCUGCAGAAGCAAACUUGGCAGGUUUGUUCCCUCCUAUCGGGAAACAAGUAUGGGACAUACAGAUGCCGUGGCAGCCUAUACCGGUGCACACCAGGCCGGAACAACUAGAUGAAGUGUUGGCAAUGAAAAGACCGUGCCCACAAUACAAUGUGGAAAUGGACAACUAUUUGGCCUCACCACCCUACCUCAAUAUGGUCAAGAACCAUGAAAAACUUAUGACUUACCUCAGCACCUACGUGGGCAUGGAGGUAAAAGACUUCACAGACAUAAUGCUGAUCUACAGCUGCUUGAACAUCGAGAAACUUUACAAUUUCGAGCUGCCGGCCUGGACUGCAAAAGUCUUUCCGGAGCCUCUCCACCAGGCUGCUGGACUCAGUUUCUCGGUGUCGGCGGCGACGCCUCGCCUGGCGCGGCUGAUAGCCGGGCCGCUGGUGCAGCAGGUUGUCCGCGCGAUGGCCGACGUCAUAUCCGGGGGUCGCCGCCGCCUCAUGGUCUACAGCGGCCACGACUUCACCGUCGGCACGCUGCUCACAGCGCUCGGUGUAUUUGACGACGUAUGCCCGGAGUAUACCGCUACCGUCUACUUGGAGUUGAUAACGAAUGCGACGGCCGCUCCGCCCGAUUGGUAUGUGCGAGUGUUGUACCGCAACUCUGUGGAUCCGCUGAGUGAUCCGGUGAUGUUGAACUUGCCCGGCUGCGGAGGUCAUUGCUCCUUCCACGAGUUCGUCGACCUCUACGAGAAUCUCAUCACUGUGGACUGGGAACGAGAGUGCUCGAUAGACUAUGAUUUAAGUCUGCUGACUACAAACUGGAGUUUAAUUGCAGUGGUACUUCUUAUUGCCGGAGUCCUAGCUCUCUGGGAGAUCCGGAGGCAAAGAAUCAAAAGAGAUUGUGAAAGGCGAAUACCUGGUCCAGGCUCAAUGGGUAAGAGCUACUUAGUUGAAGAACUAGUUAAUAACCAUGGAGGUACACUACAAGAUAAGUUUCUUAUUUAAGAGGAGAUGGGAUGGCAACUGGGGUUGCGUCUAACUAGCGUGAUAGAAGCUGAUAGAUAGGUACUUAAUCUUAAUCAUAUUAAGUUAUUUAUUUCAAGUUUAGGUUACACAGAAUAUGUUAUAAAAUUACAAUACAGUAGAACUUUCGAUUUCAAAAAUAUCGUUAAAAAGCUUAAUUUAUACUAGCGCAGAGUCGAAGCGCAUCGAAGCGAAUUGCCAAAACGGAACAUAACAUAUUCAACCUUAACUCCAAAGUGUUAACGCACACAUUACUUUUGAGAAUUUA